AUGUCCACCUCGAUUACCACACACGUCAGCAAUUAUGGGGAGAAACAUGGCGACCCGAGCCAAACAAUGAAAGCCUUGACAUGGCAGGGAAACCGUACUGUCAAAGUUGAGACGGCCAUCCCGAAGAUCAUUGAUCCAGGCGAUGCCAUAGUGAAGGUCACAGGCAGUACCAUUUGUGGGAGCGAUCUACACCUGUACCACGGGGCCAUCCCAGAGCUGCAGAAAGGUGAUAUCCUCGGCCAUGAGUUCUGCGGCAUCGUCGUCACUGUGGGCCAAGGAGUCCAGAAGGUUAAAGUGGGCGAUCGCGUCGUGGCAUCAUUCCAAAUUGCUUGUGGGCAGUGUUACUACUGCAAGCAGGGGUUGCCCACAAUGUGUGAGCGGACGAAUACAGGCGAGAGUGCUACUAGGCUGUACGGGCAUCGAAUGUCUGGCUUCUUUGGAUAUUCCCACUUCACAGGGGGCUUUGCCGGUGGGCUGUCGGAAUUUGUUCGCGUCCCAUAUGGUGACGUGAACCUCCUUAAUCUGCCUGAUGACGUCCCCGAUGAAAAAGGACUCUAUCUUUCUGAUGUCUUGGGAACGUCUUGGAAUGCUGUUGUCGACACUGGGGUUAAGGAAGGCAACACUGUGGCAAUCUGGGGAGCUGGCCCAGUUGGACAAAUGGCAGCUGAAUACAGCUUCUUCCAUGGUGCUAAGAGGGUUAUCCUAAUUGACGGCGGCCAGGGGAAAUGGCGACUAGACUUUAUCAAGAAAAUUCUGCCCAAACUGGAGACAAUUGACUUUGCAAACCUCCCAAAGGGUGAAUCAGUGCCCUCGACUUUAAAGAAAAUGUGCGAUGGCCACGGACCUGAUGUGGCAAUUGAGUGCGCUGCUGGUGAGUAUGAAAAAGGCUGGGCCCAUUACUUUCAGAGAUUACUCGGCAUGGAAACAGAUACAUCUGAACUGGUCAAUGAAAUGCUUAUGUCUGUCCGUGGGUUUGGACACUGUGGUAUCACAGGCGUAUAUGCUGGUUAUGUUCGUGGUACCUUUUUUAUGUGUAAUCACUUCAACAUCGGCGCCUUAAUGGAGUGUGGGAUCAAGCUCCAUGGUAAUGGACAAGCUCCUGUGCAAAAAUAUUGGAAAGAGCUGUUGAGGUAUAUUCAAGAGGACAAGAUCCACCCCCUGGAUAUGGUCACCCACAGGUUCAAGCUCGAGGACAUGGAGAAAGUAUAUGAUUUAUUUGAUAAGCGGGAACAGGGCAUGCAGAAAGUUUUCAUACAGACAAGAUUUUCUGCACCUCCAUCCCCAGGAUCACGCCCACUAACUGUGCUUUGA